AAAAUAAAAUAAUUAUAUCCUAACAGACGGGCUGUCUGGGACGAGAGAAUUGCAAAAACAGUCCCCACCCCAACAGGGAGAGUGUGUGUGUGUGUGUGUGUGGAGGAGAGGGAGAGUGAGGAGGGGGGAGAGAGGGAACGAGGCAGACAGAGGGGAGGGAAGAAGGGAGGAGGGAGCCCACGCUCUGAGAAACAUCACUCCAUCUCUCUCACUCCACGGGAGCUGAGCAAGGAGCAGAACGAUGUUUGACAACACGCAGUACCCCUAUAACUGCUUUAAUUAUGAUGGUGAUGAUUAUCCUACCUGUAGUUCUGACGAAGAAAAGAAAUUCACCAGACCGGCAUAUAGCUACAUUGCCUUAAUUGCAAUGGCCAUCCAGCAAAGUCCUUCAAAUAAAGUCACCCUCUCUGGCAUUUAUGACUUCAUAAUGAAGAAAUUUCCUUACUACAGAUCAAAUCAAAGAGCCUGGCAGAACUCCAUCCGGCAUAACUUAUCACUAAACAGUUGUUUUGUAAAGGUUCCCAGAACAGAAGGGAAUGAGAAGGGGAAAGGAAACUAUUGGAGCUUUGCAACGGGAUGCGAAUCCAUGCUGGAUCUCUUUGAAAAUGGGAAUUACCGGAGAAGGCGGAGGAGGAGGAACAUGAAAAAGGAACAUAAAGAGCAAAGAUCAAGCAGAGGGAAAGGGUCUUCGUCCCCUGAUACAUCUCCUAUGGACUCCGCUUUAAACAGCACUUCCUCUUCUGAAAGCAUACAUGAAAGAAUUGGCUCAGAACCAAGACUACUGGAGCCCCGUGGGUUUGCUCCAAACAGCACAGCCAGCAGGCAGAGCCUGAGCAGUUCCUCCUUAGCAAAAUCGGAUUCUGAAAUAAAAUUCAGCAUCGAUUACAUUCUUUCAGCCCCCGACCCUUUGCCUGUCCUGAGAUCUCAAUAUAAUAUGCAAGAAAACAAAUAUCACCUACUGGAGGCCCAGCAGAUCAAUCUCCAGCUCUGGACAAUGUGAAGUUAUUUAUCCACAGUAACAAAGUCUGGGUUGCAGUGCAGGCUGACAUCACUGCCAUCAGCUGUCCGCCUCCUCCUCCUGAACAACAUUCAGAAGGUGUUUUCCCUUCUCUGUCUGUACCCAAAGAGCUGUGCUGGGCUUGAAGUACAGAUAACUGUCACCAGUAUCAGUUUUUGCCACGCUGAAAUUCAUCGUACCCUGACUUUGUUUUCUGAACUAUCACAGACACCAUCCACCACCACAGAGAGUUUCCUUUUCCAAGCAGGAUCUGACAGAACAGACUCACUCCACACCCAGUGCUUUCUUAGAGACAAAGUGAAUUUGAUUCUACUUUCACUGGUGGAAAUUUGGGUUAAUUCCUCUGAAAUUUACGGCUCAGCUCUUGAGCAGAUCUGCAACGGCGUAAUUCUGUUGAUCUACACUGGCUAAGAAUGUAAUGGGGUGGGGGUGAGCAUUUGUUUUCUUAAAAUGAAUCACAGGAAAUCAGUCUGUCUUCUCUUAAUUUUGAUUUUAGCAUCACAUCCCAAACUGUUGUGUACUAUGCAGCUUUAAUCCAUUGUUAUUUCGUAAAUAUAGCUAUUAAUAUGUGUUUAAGGUAUAUUUUUGUUGAUGUUCAGAGCAGAAUUGUUCGAAGUGCAGAAGCUGUGUUCAGGCUAAGCACAUGAAGGCUGGUUGUGAGGCUGUUGAAUACUGGCAGACACCAAUAGAUGAUGUGACAGAGGCAUAGGGUCUCCUCAUGCCUUGAUUUAAAAACAGAAAUUCCCCUCUCCCUCAUACUACCAGCAAAUGUCUCCAGAUGCUGCAGGAAAGCCCUUCACCACAUUUUGUCUAGCAAGUACGAAGGGAGACCUGGGGUUGCAAGAAGCUGCAUUCUGUGUCAGCCACAGCCAGAAUCCCAUCUAUCUGCUCUGAGACAAGUUGUAUAUUCCUACUAAAAAGAUUUCUAUCGAUCCUUCUUGCUAGCAAUUGACAAAGUGGUACCUGAUGAGAUUUCAGGAAGGCUGGUGAGCUGAACUAUGCACAGAGAGCCACGGUAGCUCCUGAUCUCCAUUCCUAAUGAAAACCAUUCCAGCACCAUUUACACACUGUGGGAUGUUUCAGAACAGAUCCUGAAGGACAACGCUGAGCUCUACAUGGCAUUUAGGAACUUGUUCUUAUGUAACUUGUCCAUAAGUAAUCAUUUCCUGGUACCGAAUGGCAGCAUCAGCAGCGAUGCCACAAAGCCUUGGUUUUGGCAACCAGAAACAUGGCCUAAGGAAGGUAAAAAAGCAGACAAGGGUUCUGGUGGUUUUCAGCAGUUAUGUAGAGAGAUAAAGUUAUCUUUGCAACAUGAACAAAAUGAACGUAUACGAGAUAAGACUGAGCAAAUUGUUCCAGAGGUAUGCUCAGGCAUGACUUGAAUUUUUAUGCAGAAGCUUCGACAUUUCACUAAGUUAUUUUACAUUGUGUCUAAUAUAUAUUGUACAUUUAUACUAUAAAUUCUUAUAUAUUGUUAUUGAGAAAGGGAGCGAUAUCGCUGCACUUAAAUGUUGUAAAAAUGCAUGAUGUAUGUAGCCGUGCUGCUGGAAGUCCUGCUGCCUGCUCACAAUUCACCACCUGCAGUAUUUCACACCGAUUGGUAAUAAAUGCUUGGUUGUUUUUUGCUUUUUGUUUUUU